AUGUCCGGGCGGUGGCUCCAGGUGACUCUCGCCCUCGUCAUCGUCACGGCGACGGCGACACUGUCCUCGGGCCAGCAGAUGGCGGCGGCGUUCCCGGCCUUGCCCAGCUGCCCGCCGGCGCCACUCAGCCUGUCCCCGUGCAUCGGCUACGUCUUCGGCGUCGGCUCGGCGACGCUCGCGUCCUGCUGCUCCCAGCUCCGGGGCUUCCUGCAGGCCCAGGCGCCGUGCCUCUGCGUCGCGUCCACGCUCGCGCCCAGCCCCAUCGGGCUGUUCCUCGGCCAGGCGCAGGCCAUGAUCCCCAACGUCUGCGACCUGCCCAACCCAUGCGAUGGUACAUUAUGCAUGAUUUUCGCACAAACAACAGUCGUUCCUGGUACGGUUCAUUCACCACUCACCAGCUUCACAAGCUGCCAUUUCUCUUGUGAUGCUGCAGAAGCCGCCACCGGCGAGGGCUCCACGCCGCCGGUGGCAGGCACUUCGCCUCCGUCCGCAACGACUCCGGCAGCCACCACACCGUCAACUGAACCGUCGUCGGGCACUCCGGCUGCUGAUCCAGUCACGUCAGGAGCACCGCCGACACCCACAGAAGAUGCUUCUGCCACUGCAGCGGCGGCGCCGGCAGGCAAUGGAUCGAAGCUCCCGGAACUACUGCAUGCAGCGGGCGCGACACGCUCCAGAGACAUGGCUGCAGGCACUGUAUUCGUCGCUGUGUUUCUUGCUUCACUCGCAACCAUGUAUGUGUAA